AUGGGUACUUAUAGGAAAAGGUUCAAUGAGAAGGCCAGAUCCGGCCAUAUGGCUAAAUUAAAAGAGUUGAAGAGAAUCAGGAAUAAGCAGUUUACCAGACAGGAUGAAAACAAUGAAGAGAUGAAAAAGUCGGAUUCAGAUACAUGUGAAAGUGUCAUAGCGGAUUCAAACGUUAAUGCUGAUGUCCUUAAACCUCUUACUGAGGAAGAAAAGAUGAUGAAAAAAAGAAAGUUACAAGAGUUAUUUACCCCAAAGGAAUCAAAAGUUUCAAGAUUGAAGAAAAAAAGGCUGGAUAAGUUUAUUGAGCAUCAGCUGAAAAGAGAGGAAAGAAAGACUAUUAUUGACAAACUUCAAAACUAUAAGAUAGAUACAAGUUUGUUGACAAGCUCUAAAAAGCUAGGUGAGGGCAGGCAGACUAAGAAGGAAGAAUUCAAAGAAGCACUGAGUUUAGAGCGUCAAGGAAGAGGAAGUGAAAAAACAAAAGAGGUGUUAUAUGAAGAGUAUGAAUCGAAAGUUUGGGAUAAGGAUAGUGAAGCAGAGAGCCAAGAGGACGAUGACCAAGAAGAUUUCGAGGCGUCAUUUGGUACUAUGGUGGAACCAACAGAUAAGGAAGAGAACAAAUCGUCUGGUUUUAUUGAUCACAGGCCAGCAAAAUUUGGUGGAUCUGGCUUUGGUUUCGGAUUCAAUAAUGUAAAGGUCGUGAAUAAAGGAAGUAAAACUCCAAAGAUGAAAUAUAAUUGGCGACAACGUGUAGAGAUGGAAGAACAAAAAAAGCAUGGGAAGGAUGAAGAAAUGGAUUUCGACACGACAUCAGAAGAUGAAGACGAGAUGGAACAUGAAGAAGAAGAAAACCAAGAUAGGUCUAGUAAAGACUUACCUGAAGAAGCUGAAGGUACGAAUGGCGAAACUAGUUUAAAAGAAUCUGACCAAAAAAACGUCGGAAGUGAAUUCAAGGACUGGGCUAAUCAAGAAAUCAAAAAAAUGGAAGGCAGGAAUCAAGAGCUGGUAACCCCCACUUUAAACAUUGACUACAAACCGAUAGUCAGAGAGGAAGAUUUAGAUGAUGGUCUCAAAGAAACCUACAUCCCAAUAGAUGAGAAUUCGACACGUAAAGCCUUCUAUGUCAAGGUUAAUAGAUCAGACGAAAUUCAGAAAACAAGAAUCCAACUACCUGUAUUUGGUGAGGAACACAGAAUUAUGGAGGCUAUUCACCACAAUGAUGUAGUGAUUAUCUGUGGUGAAACCGGGUCGGGAAAGACUACACAAGUCCCACAGUUUUUAUAUGAAGCAGGUUUUGGUGCCGAAGACUCUCCAGAUUAUCCAGGGAUGGUUGGUAUUACACAACCAAGAAGGGUGGCUGCUGUGUCUAUGGCUGGGCGUGUAGCAAAUGAAUUGGGUGAUCAUGGUCAUAAAGUAGGAUAUCAAAUUAGGUUUGAUUCUACCAUGAAGGGGGAUAAAAAAGUAAAGUUUAUGACGGAUGGGGUUUUAUUACGAGAAAUGAUGCAUGAUUUUAAAUUGGCUAAAUAUUCCUCUAUUAUCAUAGAUGAAGCCCACGAAAGAAACAUCAAUACUGAUAUUUUGAUUGGUAUGUUGAGCCGUUGUGUUCGCUUGAGGGCUAAACAGCAUGAGGAAAAUCCAACGGAACACAAGAGACUAAAACUUAUUGUCAUGUCGGCUACAUUAAGGGUAUCAGACUUCAGUGAAAAUAAAUCAUUGUUUCCUAUUGUACCUCCUGUGUUACAGGUUGAUGCAAGGCAGUUCCCUGUCUCUAUCCACUUUAAUCGUAGAACUGCAUUCAAUUAUACAGAAGAGGCUUUUAGAAAGACCUGUAAAAUUCAUCAGAAGCUCCCUCCUGGUGCUAUAUUGGUGUUCUUGACCGGUCAGCAAGAAAUCACACACAUGGUAAAAAGGUUAAGAAAGGAAUUUCCUUUCAAGAAGAAUUCCCAAUACAACAAAGAACUAGAUACUACUAUCUCUAAGGUAGGUGUUAGUCCAAAAACAACAGACUUGGAGGCUGAAGACAUAGAUUUUAGUGUCCAAGUUAUUGACCAAGAUAAAUUUAAGAGCGCAAUAGAAUACGAAGAGCAUGAGGCUAACAAUGAUAGUGGAGAAGAAGGGGAAGAAGAAGGAUUUGAGGAGGUCUUAACUGAAGAACAAACAGCUAAUGAUCCUCUAUAUGUGCUUCCACUAUAUUCUCUAUUACCAACCAAGGAUCAAAUGAGAGUCUUCCAGCAACCUCCUCAAGGCUCCAGAUUAUGUAUUGUUGCAACCAAUGUUGCAGAAACAUCGUUGACUAUACCUGGGGUUAGAUAUGUCGUUGAUUGUGGGAGAUGUAAGGAACGUAAGUAUAAUGAAUCAAAUGGUGUGCAGAGUUUUGAAGUCGGUUGGGUCAGUAAAGCUAGUGCUAAUCAAAGAAGCGGGAGAGCAGGACGUACUGGUCCAGGUCAUUGUUACCGUUUAUAUUCAUCCGCUGUUUUCGAACAUGAUUUUGAACAGUUUUCCAAACCUGAAAUUCUAAGAAUGCCAGUGGAAAGCAUCGUGUUACAAAUGAAGAGUAUGGCUAUUCAUAAUAUUGUGAAUUUCCCAUUUCCAACUCCCCCAGAUAGGAUAGCUCUUUCUAAAGCAGUGCAGUUACUGCAAUAUUUAGGAGCUCUUGAUAAUAAAGAAAAGAUUACUGAAGAUGGUAGAAGGAUGAGCCUUUUCCCUCUUUCGCCUAGAUUCUCUAAAAUGUUGCUUGUUUCCGAUGAAAAAGCCUGCCUUCCUUAUAUCGUAGCAAUUGUCAGUGUACUUUCCGUGGGAGAUCCAUACAUCAAUGAAUUUGAGCUAGGAAUAAAUGAAAUUUCAAGGAAAUUAAGUGCUGAUGAGCAGAGUGAUGAAAUUGAUAAAAAAGUUGAUAAAUCAAUAUCUGAUAUGGACCCCGAGCUCAAAAAGGAAUUGCGCACUAAAUUCUAUAAAAGCAGGGCUCAGUUCAGUAAGUUGGAUAAGUUCAGUGAUGUAUUUCGUUUACUAAGUGUUGUGAGCGCAAUGGAUUAUGUCCCGAGUAAACAGAAAGAAAUAUUCAUAAAGAAGAAUUUCUUAAGAGGCAAAUUAAUGGACGAAAUAGUUAAGCUAAGGAAGCAGUUAAUGUACAUCAUUAAGUCAAACACAUCAAAAGAAAACAUUGCCGUAGUAGUUAGAAGUGAAGACCUAAAAAGUGACAUUCCAAGCGCAAUACAAAUAAAGCUAUUAAAACAAAUGAUUUGCUCAGGCUUUGUUGAUCAUGUUGCUGUAAGAGCAGAUGUUUUAUUUCCGGAUGAUGCAAAAAUAACGAACAGGACGUCUAUGAUCAAUAUUCCCUAUGUUCCUGUUCUGACCACGAGAACAUCCAAUAUCGAAAAUUGCUUCGUCUAUAUUCAUCCCACCUCAAUCUUGAACAAUUUGGGGGAAAUACCACCAAAAUACAUGCUAUACUAUUCAUUGCAUCUGGGUGGAAAUAAUAAAACAAGAAUGAACGCCUUGUGUGACAUUGCAAGCACACCGUUAGCAAACAUAGCAAGAAAGGGUCUUCUUUUGACAUACAGCAAACCUUUGACUGGCCAAGGUCUGAAAACUAUUAAUCUAUCGCCUACAGAACGUUACUGUUAUGUGGUUCCUAGAUUUGGAUCUAGAGUGGACAACGAUCUUAAAAUUGGCUGGGAUUUAAAUCCUAUAGCAGUGCAUCAAAGGAAGCAAAAUGGCCAAUGGACAGUCAUUAAGUUUAUUACUAGAAAAAGUUUCCAGACGAUCGGAAACGAAGAAGAAAAAAAGAAAUAG